AAUAAAAAAGACAUCGCGGGCAAAAAGUUGGCUGAUUUUAGGGAAGGGAUCAAUAAAUGGGAGCAAGAAAAAAUAGCUGAAGCACGAAAAAAAAUGGUGCUUUCUGUAAUUAAUCUAGCGCUUUGUUUUUGUCAAUUGUUUAUUGUCUCUAUUGACAUAAUAAAUUUAAUUGAGAAUAUAAACAAGACUUUUAAUUCGGUCAAAGAAGCCGUAGUAGCUGUAAAAGUAAUAAUAGAAAAAAUUAAUGUUACCGCUGGGAUUAAGAUCAUAAACAAUGUAAUUGAUAAUAUUAAGAAAAUUCAACAAAUUAUUGGAGAUUUAACGAACAAUCUCGCUAAGCUUGAGAAUUUUAGCGAUUAUGUAGAGAAAAGAAAAGGAAACAUCGAGUCAUUGGAUAUUGACACGCUUGCAAAAACACUUGAAACGGAAGGUCGAAUAGGAAUUUAUUUAAGAAUGGCCGAAUGGAAAUCAAUUAAAAAAGAUAUGAGAAAAUUACUUAAUUAUCCUAUCGAGCAACAAAUUAAUGGAGCAAGUGAAUAUUUAAAUUCAUUGAAUGAUCUAUUUAAUUACAUUGAUGCGUACAUUGAAGCAAAGAUUGAAGAAAUGGAAAGUUUUAAAGAGUAUUCGCGAAUCAAAUUGCAAGUAGAAAUGUUUAAAAAAAAGGAAAUACGACUUAAAGACAUGAUCGAUGUUUAUAAAGAAAGACAAGAUAAUUGUGAUGAAAUUGAAUUGUUACUAUUUGAGCGCCUUAUUGGCAUUAAAUGUUGGAUGUCUACAUAUAUAGAAAAUUAUCGUAGUGCCUACUAUUAUUGGUCCCUUUCAGAAUCUAAAAUUAAACCUUCAGUUAUGAAAACUAUUCAUCAGCACAUGGACGAUCGUAAAGAUAUUAAAAUGGAUAUGGAAACGACACUCACUAAAUUUAAAGGUGAACCUCAACAUUCAAGGCCCUCAAUUCAUCUUACUGAAGAAGAAUACAUUAAAAAAUUUAGGCAUGAUAGAUUCAUUACACUUGAAAUUACAUUAGAUCACAAAGAAUUUUUGAGGCGCGAACGUGUAAGACUUAACAAAAUUGAAGUAUUCUUGGAAGGAGUCGGAUCUGAGGGAGUAUUUGCUGAUAAAUAUGAAGGAAAAACAUAUUCAUUUAGAUCGGAGCCUAUAAGACCUAAAGUAUUUGAAUAUAAAGUGCCUAAUAGUAUAAAAACAGAAGCAUUAUUCACCUCAAAGAAUUAUUUUAUUCCUACACCAUUUAGUCAAUGGAAAAUUAAGCUCGAUGAUAGUUGCAAAGUUGACCUAUCUGAAUUGAAGUCGAUUAAUAUUGAACUAAGUGUAGAUUGUUAUUUUGGAGAUAAAAAAAAUAACAAUAAUCAAAAAAAACCAGAGUUUGAAAUGUUGCUAAAAGAUUGCAAUGAUAUAACUAAAUUACAUGAGCAUUUAAAAGAGAGCGAAUAUAAACGUCAUAAAUCAGCAUCUAAUUUGAUGACAAAAUUAGGAAAAGAGUUAAUG